AUACUCCGUUCCAUUUCCAUACAUCACAUCACGCCCACAACAUUUCCCCGCCUCUCUGUCUCACUCUUUCUCUCUCUCUAGGGUUUUUAGGGUUUGAGGGAAAAUGGAUAGAUACCAAAAGGUGGAGAAGCCGAAGCCUGAAUCUCCUGUUAACGAGAAUGAGAUCCGUAUCACGUCUCAAGGCCUCGUUCGUAACUACCUCAGCUACGCCACCACCCUUCUUCAGGAGAGACAAGUGAAAGAGAUUGUCUUAAAGGCAAUGGGCCAGGCUAUAAACAAAACUGUGGCUAUUGCAGAAAUCAUUAAGAGAAGAGUUCCUCGACUGCAUCAGGACACUGCCAUCAGCUCAGUCAGCAUAACUGAUACAUUUGAACCCAUUGAAGAGGGCCUUCAGAUUGUGGAGCAGACUCGCCAUGUGUCCAUGAUUUCAAUUACCUUGUCGACUAAAGAGCUUAACCAGAACUCUCCUGGGUAUCAAGGUCCCUCUAAUGCGGAUCAAACUAAACAGCAGUAUAACAACUACCAGCCGCAGCAGCAGCAACAACAACAACCACCUCCUAGACAAGCACGAGCAAUUUAUAAUGCUGGUAAUGGAGAUACAUAUGGACGAGGAAGAGGUCGUGGCAGAGGUAGGGGUCGAGGUUGGCACAGAGGUGGAUAUUCAAACUAUCAAGAAAAUGGUGGGUAUUCGGGUGGCUAUUCUGGUGGCUAUUCUAAUUCAGGUGGCUACUCUGGUGGCUAUUCUGGUGGAUAUUCUAAUUCAGGUGGCUAUUCUAAUUGGGGCCGAGGUGGUGGUCGUGGUGGUUGGGGUGGGGGCUAUCGUGGUGCUGGAUAUGGAAGGGGUAGGGGUAGAGGUGGAGGUGGCAGAGGUUAUGGUGGCCGCGGGCGUGGAGGGAUGGGUGGCCGUGGGAUUCCGAGGGGUGGCGGCAACCAAGCAUAGUUGUUGGUAGCUGGUUCUUGUUUGCUUGGUCUGGAGAAGUGCUUGCCUUGGUUGUAAGUUGGUAUGUUUGAAAGUGGGUUUGCAGGUGAUGAAAUUGUGGCUUUAUUUCUCGAGGUUGGUUGGCAGCUGAUGGUUAUUUUGCUUAAUAUUUGAGUAUCAAGUGGCAAGCUUUGUUUUCAGACGUUUUCUUUAUGUACAUGUCCAAGAGCAAGCAUCCAAUUCCUGACUGGCUAUAUAAUUCUUUGGUUUCGUUUGCCA